AUAACUAGAAGGGAGAUUGCGGUGAGGCUUUAUUUAAUGUAAUUCAUUUAUUUGUUUUUAGUUUUUGAUUUGACUCUUUUUCAUUUCAUAUAACUAUGAGAUAUUGGGGUUUAACUCUCGAUUUCACUCAACUAGAUAUUCUUUAUUAUAUGUGAACGUCACAGGCUUUUAUUUUGAAACUUGGUGCAAUACAGCUUCCGUGUUUCAGUUUUAUACCUGUAGACAGCAUGGGCAGCGUGGUUGUCUGACGAGCUGUUAAUACUGACGCAUUGGCUUUUAUUCCCAUAUUAAUAUGCAGUUGUAGUAGUGAUGAAUGAUGUUAGGGUUGAUGUCAGUAAGCAGCAGGUCCGCCUGGACUCAGAGAAGCUUUACUGGGUGGAUAAGAAGAGGAAUAAUACAGCAGCGGGUAAAUGAAAGCGUGGCUGAUGGCAGCCUCUCUCUUCAGGCUCUGCUGUGGUUGCCGUGUGGAGGUGUAGGUGGCGCUCUCACUCCUCCCGCUGACUGCAGUGUUACAGUAGAGCAGGCGGUGAACUUGUGGAUGCAGUGCUUUCAGCAGCAUGGAAUCUCUGAGCCACUCCUCUCCUCACAGUACAUCAUAGCUCACGUCCUGGGAAAGAAAACUCUGCAAAGUCUGGAGAGGACGAUGCUGCAAGAAAGACUGAGUGACAAGGAGCGAGAGACCGUGUGGGCUCUAUGUUCCAAACGCCUGACAAGGAUGCCGGUGCAGUAUGUGAUUGAAGAGUGGGACUUCAGGGAUCUGACCCUGAAGAUGAGACCUCCGGUGUUCAUUCCCCGCCCUGAGACAGAGGAACUGGUUAGUUUGCUGUUAAAGGAUCUGCGGUCACAGUGGGGAGUGAGAGCUCUGCGAUGCCUGGAGGUGGGCUGUGGAUCAGGUGCCAUCUCUCUGAGCCUGCUGCACAGUGCACCACAGCUCAAGGCAGUUGCAUUGGACCAAAGCCAGGAAGCAGUGUGUCUCACUAAGGAAAAUGCAGACAGACUGGGGCUCCUGGACAGACUGGAAGUUUAUCAUUUAGAUAUUCUGAAGGAAGCUGAUUUGACACUGAGAAGCUGCAGUCCUGUUGAUGUAAUUGUUAGCAACCCUCCGUACCUGUUUUCUCAGGAUAUGGAGUCUCUGCAGGCAGAGAUACACAGGUUUGAAGACCACUCAGCAUUGGAUGGGGGUUUGGAUGGCAUGUCAGUAAUCAGACAGAUUCUAACUCUAGCACCGAGACUCCUAACAGAUGAAGGUCGUAUGUAUCUGGAGGUGGAUCCACGACAUCCUCCACACAUAAAGUGUCUGGUAGAGGAAAGCAUGCUGGGGCUGCAGUAUUUGGGAUCACACUGUGAUUUCACUAACAGGUUGCGGUUCUGCAUUCUACAGAAGAGAGGAUGAACUAAAAGAGCAACCUGUGGAGUUUGCGAUCGACUUGAGAGACACAGACAGAACAUAGCUUGAGAGAAAGCUGAUAUGGAAGUGAUGGCUCAAGCGACAUACACGAAGAACUGUAUUCUCCGCCGUUCUGCCAAAGUGUAUCGCUUACACCUCACCUCCAAUCACAGCUUACUGGGAUUCUAUGGGGUGUUUAAGGUGUGAGUUAAAAAAAAAAAUACAUUUAAAUCCUGAAAUGGAUUAUAAUGGAAAGGCAGACCAGCCUAAGCACUGAGAUUUAGUCUUUUCUAAUUCACACAAUGUUCUAGAUGGAAGACCUGACCAGAAAUGAUGGCUGAAAGUGUUAAAAUAACACUGCAAUCAACACACUGUGGACUGUUCGGCGUUUAUUUACAUUUUGAAUGUGUUACCAUGCGCGUUGUUUAAUAAAACAGUCUUGAAUUUG